CAUUCCGAACUUCUUCUUCUGCUCUGACUCUCCAUGGAUUCCUUCCUUCCUUUCACUCUGUCAUCUGACCAAUAUCGUAUCUUGCUCACUGCAAUAGUCUUCGUCGCAUCUGCAUUCUUAUUCCUUGUUCCAAAACUAAGCAAGUCAAAGCGGCUCAACCUUCCACCCGGUCCACCUGGAUGGCCGGUAGUCGGCAACCUAUUUCAGGUUGCCGGUUCAGGCAAGCCUUUUUUUCAGUACGUAAGAGAACUCAUUCCGGUCUAUGGACCAAUAUUGACGUUAAAGAUGGGCACUCGAACCAUGGUCAUUAUUAGUAGCCCGGAAUUAGCCCAUGAAGCACUUAUCCAGAAGGGUCAGGUUUUCGCAAACCGGCCUCGUGAGAACCCAACCAGAAAGGUCUUCAGUGUCAACAAAUUCACGGUAAAUUCUGCGGUUUAUGGACCGGUCUGGCGAUCGCUGCGGCGAAACAUGGUCCAAAACAUGCUCAGCAACUCCCGGCUCAAGGAAUUCCGUGAGGUGAGAGUUUCUGCGGUCGACCUGAUGAUCGACCGGAUGAAAUCUGAAGCCGAAGCGAACCAAGAUGUGGUGUCGGUUCUGAAACAUGCCCGGUUCGCUGUCUUCUGUAUCCUCGUGUCGAUGUGUUUCGGGGUUGAGAUGGACGGAGAUGAAAUCGAAAGGAUCGAUCAGAUGAUGAAGACGGUAUUGAUCAUUCUCGACCCUAGGAUCGACGAUUAUCUCCCUAUCUUGGCCCCAUUCUUCUCCAAACAACGGAAGCAAGCCAUGCAAGUACGAGAGGAGCAGAUUAAAACGCUGCUCCCCUACAUCGACGCACGACGAUCUGCCUUAAAGAAUCAUCUAGGAUCUGAUAAGAUGGCGGUGUCGUUUUCUUACCUGGACACGCUCUAUGAUCUCAAGAUCGAGGGACGUCAAUCUACCCCAACGAACGAUGAGCUGGUCACGCUCUGCUCCGAGUUUCUAAAUGGUGGGACCGACACCACCGCGACGGCCCUUGAAUGGGCCAUCGCGAGGUUGAUUGAGAAGCCGGAGAUACAAUCGAGAAUCUACGAGGAGAUCAAAUCAACGGUGGGAGAUCGGAAGGUGGACGAGAAGGACGUAGAAAGCAUGGUGUACCUGAGCGCUGUGACGAAGGAACUGUUACGGAAACACCCUCCCACGUACUUUUCGUUAACACAUGCUGUGACGGAGCCUGCCACGUUGGGAGGUUACGAUGUCCCAACGGAUGCCAACGUGGAAAUCUUCUUGUCGGGUAUAGCAGAGGAUGAUAGGGUAUGGUCCGACCCGAAGGAAUUUAACCCUGACAGAUUUCUGUCAGGAAAGGAAGAUGCUGACAUCACUGGAGUGAAGGGGGUGAAGAUGAUUCCAUUUGGGGCUGGAAGGAGAAUUUGUCCAGGUCUGAGUAUGGCUUCACUUCACAUUGAUCUUAUGCUGGCGAGGAUGGUUCAGGAGUUUCAGUGGAAAGCUCUUCCAUCGCAGAAGAUGUCGGAUUUUAGUGAGAAGUUGGAAUUCACGGUCGUGAUGGACCCAGCACUUCAAGCUGUGAUCACAGCCAGGAAAUAGUUGGUGACGCUAAACCUCUCC